UUUUAUUAUGAUUCUAUUCUAAUAAUUUAAGAACCAUUGGUUAUUGUUCCAUUUUGUAUUAAAUUGCAUUUUCUAAAUCCUUAUUCUUAAAUUCUUCAGAUUAGUACGCCCGUUGUUAAGCUUUUUUAGUUUUCAGCAGUGUUAAAUAACUUUUAAGAUUGUUACAAUGGUCAAGACAUUUUUAAAUUUAACUACUGGACUGGCUAAGUUAACUGUAACCUCUAAUUACACACGUAAUUAUGCAUCAUUUGGAAAAAGAAUUGUAGCAAAAAAUGCGGUUGUUGAAAUGGAUGGAGAUGAAAUGACUAGAAUUAUCUGGGAAAAAAUCAAAGAAUCACUCAUUUUUCCAUAUAUUAAAGUUGAUUGUUUGUACUUUGAUCUUGGUUUGCCUCAUAGAGAUGUUACUAAUGAUCAAGUAACUAUUGAUGCAGCUCAAGCUACAUUAAAGCAUAAUGUUGGUAUUAAGUGUGCAACAAUUACACCAGAUGAAGCUCGUGUUGAAGAGUUUAAAUUAAAAAAAAUGUGGUUGAGUCCAAAUGGUACCAUUCGAAAUAUCCUUGGGGGCACAGUUUUUAGAGAGCCAAUACUAUGCAAAACUAUACCUAGGUUAGUACCUGGGUGGACAAAACCAAUUAUUAUUGGUAGACAUGCUCAUGGAGAUCAGUAUAAGGCUACCGAUUAUGUUGUUCCUAGACCAGGCUUAUUAGAAUUAGUUUUUACUGAUCAUAAUGGUAUAGUUGAAAAACUUAAUGUAUUUGAUUUUAAAACACCCGGAAUCGGACUAGCUAUGUAUAACUUAGAUUCCUCCAUAACUUCUUUUGCUCAUUCAAGUUUUCAAGUGGCAUUAUUAAAAAAAUGGCCAUUAUAUUUGUCUACAAAAAAUACUAUUCUUAAAAAAUAUGAUGGAAAAUUUAAAGAUAUAUUUGAAGAAAUUUAUGAAAAAAAUUAUAAAGCUCAGUUUGAAGACGCUAAUAUUUGGUAUGAACAUCGUUUAAUUGAUGAUAUGGUAGCUCAAGCUUUAAAAGGUGAUGGUGGUUUUGUUUGGGCAUGUAAAAACUAUGAUGGUGAUGUACAGUCUGAUAUUAUAGCUCAAGGCUAUGGUUCUUUGGGUCUCAUGACUUCAGUUCUUGUCUGUCCAGAUGGUAAAACUUUAGAAUCUGAAGCUGCUCAUGGAACAGUUACUAGACAUUAUAGACAACAUCAAAAAGGUGAACAAACAUCAACUAAUCCAAUAGCAUCCAUCUAUGCUUGGACAAGAGGUCUGAAACAUAGAGCCAAGAUUGAUAACACACCUGAACUUGCCAUAUUUUGCGAUAUGUUAGAAGAAUCAUGUGUUGAAUGUGUUGAUGCUGGUCACAUGACAAAAGAUCUUGCAGGCUGUAUUCAUGGUCUUAAAAAUGUAAAAGAAGGAAUGUAUUUAAAUACUAAUGAUUAUUUGGAUGCAGUUAAAAAUCAGUUAGACGCUAAAUUCACCAAGGAUACUAAAAAAAUAUUUGCAUCUAUUGGCGCAGUUUGAAAAGGCAAUUGAUUUUAUUGGUCCAAUUUACAAAUAUUUCACCUCCUAAAUAAUUGGAAAGCAAGAUAGUAUAUAAUAUAAGAAAAAUUUCAAAUGAUGAAAAAUAAAAAUUACUAUGUAAUUUUAUUAAGCACUAUUAAAUAAUUGUAUUAAGUGUUAAAUGUAAUUAUUUUUAAUAUAUUAUUUUAAUUUA